UUAAAUUUAAUAUAAUUAUUCUAAUUGUCUAGAAAUAAACUUGAUCAUUACAAAAAAUGGGUGUGUGUGGCCAACUGAGAUUGGUCCAUUUGUGGCGGUUUCUGUUGACUUGCGUAUAUGAGUUCGGCACUAAUCUUCUCGGAUUGAGGGGUCGGGUAAAGAGCGAUAAGAAACUCAAUGGACAGGUAGUUGUGGUGACCGGUGCUAACACUGGCAUUGGAAAAGAGACGGCGUAUCAAAUGACGCUCAGGGAGGCCAAGGUAUACAUCGGGUGUCGGGAUGUCGUCAAAGGAGAGACAGCUGUCAAAGACAUUGUGGCACUGAAUCCAAAGGCAGACAUAAAACUAUUAAAACUUGAUUUGUCUUCACUUCAAUCGGUCCGCCACUUCGCCAAAGAUUUGUCUCAAUUGGAGUCCAAAGUGGAUAUCCUUAUCAAUAACGCAGGGGUUAUGGCGUGUCCUGAAUGGCAGACUGAGGACGGCUUUGAGAUGCAGUUUGGGACCAAUCAUUUGGGUCAUUUUCUGUUAACUUUACAUUUGGUACCACUGCUGAGGAAGUCAUCGGCAGCUCGUGUGAUAACCGUGGCCUCUAGUGGUCACGGAUUAGGAAAUAUUCAUUUAAAUAACAUAAACCUCCGAAACGGUGAUUAUCACCCGUGGUUUGCCUACGGACAGAGCAAACUCGCAAAUGUCUUGUUUAGCCGAGAGUUGGCUAAAAGAUUAAGACAUACCAAUAUCAACACGUAUUCAUUAAAUCCCGGUGCCAUUGAUACUGAUUUACAAAGACAUGUUGAGAAAAGCGAUGACAAACCAAAAGGAAAGGGAUUUAUGAGGAGAAACCUUUUGAUGACACCUUUCAUGGGAUCUCAGACUACACUGUAUUGCGCUCUGGAGGAGGAUUUGGACGACGAGACCGGAUAUUACUACGACAAUUGUCGGCGAAUUGAUUAUAUGAUACCCGAAGCCAAUGACGACAAGACCGCCAAAGCUCUCUGGAUAUUGAGUGAAGACUUUGUCAAACUUGAAGAUCAUCUCAGGAUUUAAUUCA